AUGCUCAGAGACUGUCCUCAUCAUUGCCAGACGGACGAGGUAUUGGGUCACACUUUUGUAGAUGGGUUAGAUGAUGCUUCAAAUAUGAAUCUUGAUUCAGCUUGUGGGGGUAGUUGCAUGGCCAGACCGUACAGUGAAAUCCAAAUCUUGCUGAAUAACUUCACUACUAAUGAUAAUAACUGGAAAGGUGAUGGUGAUUCACGAAAGGCAGUUAAGCAAAAAUCAGAUGGGUUACUUGAGCUCGACGAAGUGUUAGCCAUGAGAGCCGAUAUUGCAAAGCUGGCCAAUCAGAUGACUAGGAUGACAAUGCAGCAACUACAGACAAUGCAACAUGUACAACAAAUGACUAUUUGCUGCGAACUUUGUGGCGACAGUCAUAUGAGUGAUAUGUGCCCCACAAAUCCAGAAUCCAUCUAUUAUGUAGGGCAACAAAACAGAGGUCCAUCGAAUCAGUAUGCACAAUACGGGAAUUCUUACAAUCCAAAUUGGAGGAAUCAUCCCAACUUCUCAUGGGGUGGAAAUCAGCAGAAUCAGAAUCAGCAUAGACCCCAAGGGAGUUUCAAUCAGCCUCAGAGACCACCCCAACAAAUGGAAGAAAGUACCAAUGAUUUGCUAAAGAAGUUGUUGAUUGACAAUCAGCAACUCAGAACCGACUUCAGAAAUCUUGAGAGGCAAAUGGGGCAGUUAGAAACAAAUCAAAACACUAGACUCACAGGCGCUCUCCCCAGUGAUACAGAAAAGAACCAUCAAGUGAAUGCAGUUACACUUAGAAACAUGAGGGAGCUAGAGGAAGUGCCAAAGAAAAAGAAAGCCAAGCCCAUACCUGAGGGAGAGUUGAUCCCUAAAGUGACUCACGAGCCAAAGAAUGCUACUGAAAUUACAAAGCCAGUGGAGGCCCCAAGGCCACCACCACCUUUCCCCCAGAUAUUGUAG